AUGUCUCUCACUUCUAGUUUCUUCCAGUUGUUUUCAGCACUCCUGAUUCUGUUGCAUCUCCUUGCCUAUUGCAAAAUCGAUGGAGUUCAAACAGAUGUUCUCAUAAGUGGAAUUGCUACUCAGAAUAGAGCUCUGUAUACUGUUAAUCAUUGGCAGUCCCAUUUUUUCUUUAAUUCAUUGCUGGAUUUCGGGGGUUCUGAAUCUGCCAAGGAGAGAAUAGAAGCCAUUGAUGUGGAUAACAAGUCAGUUACUUUCAACCUACUUGAGGGAGAUGUCUUGAAGGUUUACAAGACCUUUAAGUCCACACUCCAAGUUACAAACAUGGAUGAUGGAUGUUUGAUAAAAGUGACUUUGGCUUAUGAGAAGCAACAUGAGGAUACUCCACCUCCAACCAUGUACCUGGACUUUGUGGCUAAUGUCAGUAAGGAUAUAGAGGCUUACCUCUUCAAGGCCUAAGACAAAGCCACUGAGGAUUCUGUUUCUUAAAAACUUUGUUCUCUUGUCUUAACUAAUUUGCAGUCGUUUAAUUUGAUCAUGUUUGAAGAUUCUUAUAUCUCAAGAUUCUCACAAGAUCUGAAGAGUGUGAGUGAAUUAAGACUGAGAAGUAGAAAAUUUGUGAAAUAGAGAAUCACCAACCAAACAAAGGGCAUAUAAAUAUAUAUGCUAUGGAAGUAUUGGUUAACUAGUAAAUGUAUAAUAAAGUUUGUGAAGCCGUUGUGGUGACUAUUUGCUCAUCUUGUCUGAUAAAUAAUAUGCAGUUUUGAAAUCUGUAAU